CCAAAUCGAUCGAGACCUAGCAGGAGCCAUGGGCAGCGCCGAGUACGACUACCUCUUCAAGCUGCUCCUCAUCGGGGACUCCUCCGUCGGCAAGUCCUGCCUCCUCCUCCGAUUCGCCGACGACGCGUACGUGGACACGUACAUCAGUACCAUCGGCGUUGAUUUCAAAAUCCGGACCGUCGAGCUCGAUGGCAAGUCGGUGAAGCUGCAGAUUUGGGACACAGCAGGCCAGGAGAGGUUCAGGACAAUAACAAGCAGCUACUAUCGAGGAGCCCAUGGAAUUAUUAUCGUAUAUGACGUGACAGAUAGGGAAAGCUUCAACAAUGUCAAGCAGUGGUUGAGUGAGAUUGAUAGGUAUGCCAGUGACAGUGUGUGCAAGCUUCUAGUUGGGAACAAAUGUGAUUUGGUUGAUAGUAAAGUCGUUGACACAGAGGAGGCCAAGGCUUUCGCAGAAUCGUUGGGAAUGACUUUUCUUGAGACAAGUGCAAAGGAAUCCAUCAAUGUGGAGACAGCUUUCUUAACAAUGUCAUCAGAAAUCAAGAAAAGGACGGCGAGCCAACCUGCUGCGGCGGAGAGGAAAUCAACUGUCCCCUUGGGGCAGCCAAUACAGCAGCAGCAGAGCAGCUGCUGCUCCUCAUAACCUCACCAAGAUCGGUUCCUACAUCUCAUGGUAU